AAGGGGAGGUGAAGCAGGCCAUUAAUAUGUAAGAGUUGGUCAAAUAGGACAUAAGAUAUAGAGAUAAGAGCUACUAAAAUAUCAAGAUCCAAAAUUGAGAAGAAAAUAAUCAGGUUUUACAAUUAGAAGGGUGAGAAGAUCAAGAUUCAAGAGACAUCAAAGCAUGCAGAUGUAAGAUUGUCAACAAGGAAAGAACGUCCAGUUUUCAUCGAAGAUGUCCAUUACACCAGAAAGACAUAUGUUUCUGCAAGGUGGGAGUGGUAGAGGCAAUUCAGGACUUGUUCUUUCUACCGAUGCUAAGCCUAGACUCAAGUGGACACCAGACCUCCAUGAGCGGUUCAUAGAAGCAGUCAACCAGCUUGGAGGAGCAGACAAGGCUACUCCAAAAUCAGUCUUGAAACUAAUGGGAAUUCAAGGACUUACUUUGUACCACUUAAAGUCUCAUCUCCAGAAGUACAGGCUAGGUAAAAAUCUAUGUGGGCAACCUAAUGGUGGCGGGGCUAAUAAAAUCAGUAUGGUUCCACAAGCACGAGACAGGAUGGUUGGAACAGAUGAUAUCCAUAUGAGCAAUUCAAGUGUUGGGCCUCAAACAAACAAAAACUUACAAAUAAACGAAGCACUACAGAUGCAAAUUGAAGUUCAGAGAAGGCUACAUGAGCAACUUGAGGUACAGAGACACUUACAGCUCCGAAUAGAAGCACAAGGGAAGUAUUUACAAGCAGUGCUAGAAAAGGCACAGGAGACAGUUGGAAGGCAAAACUUGGGUGCAGUGGGACUAGAAACCGCCAAGGUUCAACUAUCCGAAUUGGUCUCCAAAGUAUCCACACACCGCCUAAAUUCUGCAUUUUCGGGAAUGAAGGAUGUGUCGAACAGAAGUAACCAGCCAACAGACUGUUCAAUAGAUAGUUGCUUGACCUACGGUGAAGGUCAACAAAUGGAUCAGGAGAUGAUGGGUUUGAACUUUUUAAAUGGUAGUAGUAAUGCACCUUUGAAGUCAAAGAAGGUCGAAGAUGAACCAGAAAACAUAUGGUGUGAAGAAAUGAAAAGAAACAAGAAGUUUCUUUCCUCAAGUGAUUUGUCCAUGAGUGUCGGACUCGAGAGUAGCGAAUGGAACACUGAUAGAAGUUACUCUGAGCAAAGGUUUACGUGUAGGGAUGAGGAUGCCAUUUUCAUGGAUCAAGUUACCCGAAACAAAACAGAACCAAUCAAGCCAGAAAAUAUGGAUAUAACACAAAAGUUUCAAUUGCCAUAUUUCGAAAAGAAACUGGACCUAAAUGCUCAUGAUGAGAAUGAUGCUGCUUCAAGUCGAAAGCAAUUUGAUUUGAAUGGAUUAAGCUGGUGAAAACAAGAAGGUUUAGUCUGAGCAAAGAGCCAUCUUUUCUCAUUCAUGUUAAGAACUGUAAUAUAAAUGGUUUGAAAACAUCAGAUAUUUCAAUCAAAUAAUUGAAGACUCGGGGUCA